AUGACUAAAAAUGUCAGUGCUCCUUCUAGACCAAGCGUGGUGAAUAUUGGAGCUUUGUUCACAUUCAAUUCGACUAUUGGACGAUCAGCAAAGCCAGCUCUUCUUGUGGCAAUUGACGAUGUCAAUUCUGAUUCUACCAUUCUUAACAACACAAAGAUUAACCUCAUUCUGCAGGAUACCUAUUGCAAUGAGUUUCUUGGAACCAUUGAAGCUAUGCAGUUGAUGGGUAAAGAAGUAGUCGCUGCAAUUGGUCCACAGUCCUCUGGGAUAGCCCAUGUUAUUUCACAUGUCGUGAAUGAACUUCAGGUGCCACUUUUGUCAUUUGGGGCUACAGAUCCAACUCUUUCUUCUCUGCAGUACCCAUACUUCCUCCGUACAACGAUAAGUGAUCAUUUUCAGAUGUAUGCAAUUGCUGAUUUGGUGCAGUAUUUUGGAUGGAGAGAAGUAGUUGCCAUCUUUGUUGACGACGAUUAUGGUAGAAAUGGGAUUUCGGUUUUGGAUGAUGCACUUACUAAGAACCGUGCUAAGAUUUCUUACAAAGCUGCAUUUGCUCCUGGAGCUUCUAUAAGUGACAUUAACAGCCUAUUGGUUGAAGUAAACUUGAUGGAAUCGCGGGUUUUUGUGGUACAUGUAAAUCCUGAUUCUGGUCUUACAAUUUUUUCAUCAGCUAAGAGUCUUGGAAUGAUGAACCCCGGUUAUGUUUGGAUUGCUACUGAUUGGCUUCCUUCUCUUCUAGAUCCUUCAGCAACCAAUAGUCCCGAUAGAAUGGAUCUUAUACAAGGGGUUAUCGCACUCCGCCAUCAUACCCCAGAUUCUGAUCUGAAAACAAAUUUUACUUCACGGUGGAAAGAUUCGAAGAAUAAGGAAACCCCGAAUUUUAAUUCUUAUGCUCUGUACGCAUAUGAUUCUGUGUGGUUACUUGCUCGAGCUCUUGAUAUGUUCUUCAAUGAAGGUGGAAUUGUGAGUUUUUCUGAUGACCCCAAAUUGAAAGAUACCAAUGGAAAUUCCCUGAAUCUAACAGCACUUCGAAUUUUCGAUCAAGGCUCGAAGUUACUUCAGAUACUUACUGCAAUGGAUUUCACUGGUCUAAGUGGACAAAUUCAGUUUGAUACAGAUAAUAAUUUGAUUCAUCCAGCAUUUGAUGUUAUUAACAUUGGUGGAACUGGGUUACGGAACCUUGGUUAUUGGUCAAAUUACUCAGGUUUCUCAAUUGAUGCUCCAGAAAUUUUAUCUGCAAAGCCCCCCAACACUUCCACCAGCAAUCAACAUCUUUAUGAUGUAAUAUGGCCAGGCGGAACUACAACAAAGCCUCGUGGAUGGGUGUUUCCCGACAAUGGGAGGCCUUUGCAAAUUGCAGUACCUCAUCAGGUUACUUAUCCUGAAUUUGUGACUAAAGACAAAGGACCAUUAGGGGUCAAAGGAUAUUGCAUUGAUGUUUUUGAAGCAGCUAUUCAAUUGUUGCCUUAUCCUGUUCCCCAUCAAUACAUCUUGUAUGGUGAUGGUAGAAGAAACCCUCUAUAUAACAACCUUGUGAAUGACAUUGCUCAAAAUAAAUAUGAUGCAGCUGUUGGGGAUGUUACUAUUACAACAAAUAGGACAAGAAUUGUGGACUUUACGCAGCCUUACAUGGAAUCAGGGCUCGUUGUAGUGGUUCCUGUCAAAGACAUUAAAUCUAGUCCAUGGGCUUUCCUCAAGCCAUUUUCUUGGCAAAUGUGGUGCCUAACUGGGUUGUUCUUUCUUUUCGUGGGAUCUGUUGUUUGGAUUCUUGAGCACCGAAUGAAUCCCGAAUUCCGAGGCCCUCCACGGCAACAGCUUAUAACGGUCGUUUGGUUUAGUUUCUCAACAAUGUUUUUUUCACAUAAAGAAAACACCGUAAGCACCCUGGGGCGUUUGGUGUUGAUAUUGUGGCUGUUUGUGGUGUUAAUUAUCAAUUCAAGCUAUACAGCUAGUUUGACAUCAAUACUCACAGUGCAGCAUCUGACUUCACGAAUUCAAGGGAUUGACAGCCUGAUAACCAGUUAUGAUCCAAUAGGGAUCCAAGAUGGAUCAUUUGCAUAUAAUUAUCUUACUGAUGAGUUAAACAUUGCAGAGUCCAGGCUUCGAAUAUUGAAAACCCAAGAUGACUACAUUAAUGCCCUUCAGCUAGGUCCAAAUCGUGGUGGGGUUGCUGCCAUAGUUGAUGAACUUCCUUAUAUUGAGUUAUUCUUAUCCAACACAAAGUGCAUAUUCAGUAUUGUGGGGCAAGAGUUCACAAAAAGUGGAUGGGGAUUUGCAUUUCAACGGGAAUCUCCAUUAGUGAUUGAUCUGUCAACAGCGAUCCUUCAACUUUCAGAAAACGGAGAGCUUCAGAGAAUCCACGAUAAAUGGCUGAUGCGAAAUGAAUGCUCUGUGCAAGCCAAGCAAGUAGAUGAGAGCCGGCUUUCCCUCGAGAGCUUCUGGGGCUUGUUUCUCAUAUGUGGAAUUGCCUGCUUUAUUGCAUUGAUAGUCUUUUUCUUCAGGGUUUAUGGGCAGUACAACAGAUAUAAUGGAGACAUAGAGCAACAAGACAUCGAGGAAGCUGAACCUGCAACAACACGUCCUAGUAGACGCAUCCUUGCCACCACUAGCUUCAAGGAUCUGAUUGAUUUUGUUGAUAAGAAAGAAGUCGAAGUUAAGGAGAUUCUUAGAAGGAAGAAUAGUGAUUUGAAGAGGCAACCUAGUCAAGUAUCUGAUGGACAAAACGAGUCGCUACCAUGA